CCUCCGAGGCUGGCAGAGGGAUUGGCUUGGGGACUAAGCUCUGCCUCCAGGUCGCUGUUCUGUCCCACGCCGACCCCCAACGCCUCGCUGAGCAAAAUUGCCCCUUUACCGAGAAGCCAGUUCUCUGGGAAGUGCUUCUCGAGGGCUUUGGGGGUGUUGCGUAGAUGUGUCCUUACUUUCCAGUGAUUGUCUGUCACCAUGCUUCGGAAGAAGGUGGAUAACCGAAUCCGGAUUCUCAUUGAGAAUGGGGUAGCUGAGAGGCAAAGGUCUCUUUUUGUCGUGGUUGGGGAUCGAGGAAAAGAUCAGGUGGUAAUACUCCAUCACAUGCUGUCCAAAGCAACUGUGAAGGCUCGACCUUCAGUGCUGUGGUGUUAUAAGAAAGAGCUGGGGUUUAGCAGUCAUCGAAAGAAGAGAAUGCGACAGCUGCAGAAGAAAAUAAAGAAUGGGACCCUGAACAUAAAGCAAGAUGAUCCCUUCGAACUCUUCAUAGCGGCCACAAACAUCCGCUAUUGUUACUACAAUGAGACCCACAAGAUCUUGGGCAACACCUUCGGCAUGUGUGUCCUCCAGGAUUUUGAAGCCUUAACCCCCAACUUGCUGGCCAGGACUGUGGAAACAGUGGAAGGUGGGGGGCUGGUGGUUAUCCUCCUGCGGACCAUGAACUCGCUCAAGCAGUUGUACACGAUGACCAUGGACGUGCAUUCCAGAUACAGGACUGAGGCCCAUCAGGAUGUGGUGGGAAGAUUUAAUGAGAGGUUUAUCCUGUCUCUGGCAUCUUGUAAGAAGUGUCUUGUCAUCGAUGACCAGCUCAACAUCCUGCCCGUCUCCUCCCAUGCGGCCAGCAUCGAGGCCCUCCCUCCCCAGGCUCCGGAUGAGAAUCUUAGUCCAUCCUCUCUGGAGCUGCAGGAGUUGAAAGAGAGCUUGCAGGACACCCAGCCUGUGGGCGUGUUGGUGGACUGCUGCAAGACUCUGGACCAGGCCAAAGCUGUCUUGAAAUUCAUCGAGGGGAUCUCAGAGAAGACCCUGAGGAGUACCGUUGCACUCACUGCUGCCCGAGGACGGGGAAAGUCUGCAGCCAUGGGAUUGGCUAUUGCUGGGGCAGUGGCAUUUGGGUACUCCAAUAUUUUUGUUACCUCCCCAAGCCCCGAUAACCUCCACACUCUGUUUGAAUUUGUAUUUAAAGGAUUUGAUGCUCUGGAGUAUCAGGAGCACCUGGAUUAUGAGAUUAUUCAGUCUCUAAACCCGGAGUUUAAUAAGGCAGUGAUCAGAGUGAAUGUCUUCCGGGAGCACAGGCAGACCAUUCAGUACAUACAUCCCGCGGAUGCCGUGAAGCUGGGCCAGGCUGAACUUGUUGUGAUUGACGAAGCCGCUGCCAUCCCUCUCCCUCUGGUGAAGAGCCUCCUUGGGCCCUACCUGGUUUUCAUGGCGUCCACCAUCAAUGGCUACGAGGGCACUGGCCGGUCACUGUCCCUGAAGCUAAUUCAACAGCUCCGUCAGCAGAGUGCCCAGAGCCAGGUCAGCACCACUGCCGAGAACAAGACCACGAUGACAGCCAGACUGGCAUCAGCGAGAACACUACACGAGGUUUCCCUCCAGGAGUCAAUCAGAUACGCCCCUGGGGAUGCUGUGGAGAAGUGGCUGACCGACUUGCUGUGCCUGGAUUGCCUCAACAUUACCCGGAUCAUCUCGGGCUGCCCCUUGCCUGAAGCCUGUGAGCUCUACUAUGUGAACCGAGAUACCCUGUUUUGCUACCACAAGGCCUCUGAAGUUUUCCUGCAGCGGCUCAUGGCCCUCUAUGUGGCUUCUCACUACAAGAACUCUCCCAACGAUCUCCAGAUGCUUUCGGAUGCACCAGCUCACCACCUCUUCUGCCUUCUGCCUCCUGUGCCCCCCACCCAGAAUGCCCUGCCCGAGGUGCUCGCUGUUGUCCAGGUGUGCCUGGAGGGAGAGAUUUCACGCCAGUCCAUCUUGAACAGCCUAUCGCGAGGCAAGAAGGCUUCAGGGGACCUGAUUCCAUGGACAGUGUCAGAACAGUUCCAAGAUCCAGACUUCGGCGGCCUUUCUGGCGGAAGGGUGGUUCGCAUUGCUGUUCACCCGGAUUACCAAGGGAUGGGCUAUGGCAGCCGAGCUCUACAGCUGCUGCAGAUGUAUUACGAGGGCAGGUUCCCGUGUCUGGAGGAAAAGGUCCUCGAGGCAUCACAAGAAAUACGCACCGUAAGCAGCGAGGCUGUCAGCUUGUUGGAAGAGGUCAUCUCUCCCCGGAAGGACCUGCCUCCCCUGCUCCUCAAGUUGAAUGAGAGGCCUGCGGAGCGCCUGGAUUACCUGGGCGUUUCCUAUGGCUUGACCCCCCGGCUCCUUAAGUUCUGGAAGCGGGCUGGAUUUGUCCCUGUGUAUUUGAGACAGACUCCUAAUGACCUCACCGGGGAACACUCUUGUAUCAUGCUGAAGACGCUGGCUGACGAGGAUGAGUCUGAGUGCGAGUCUGAGCGAGGGGCCUGGCUCGAGGCCUUUUGGAAAGAUUUCCGGAGGAGGUUCCUGGCCUUGCUAUCCUACCAGUUCAGCACCUUCUCUCCUGCCGUGGCCCUGAAUAUCAUUCAGAACAGGAGCGUGGGAAAGCCAGCCCAGCCGGUCCUGGGCCGUGGGGAGCUGGACGCACUCUUCCUUCCCUAUGACCUGAAGCGGCUGGAGAUGUACUCCCGGAACAUGGUGGACUAUCACCUCAUCAUGGACCUCAUCCCGGCCAUCGCCCGCUUGUAUUUCCUCAGCCAGCUGGGGGACCUGACCCUGUCCGCUGCCCAGUCGGCUCUUCUCUUGGGGAUUGGACUGCAGCAUAAGUCUGUGGACCAGCUGGAAAAGGAGAUUGAGCUGCCCGCAGGCCAGCUGAUGGGGCUUUUCAACCGGAUCAUCCGCAAGGUUGUGAAGCUGUUUAAUGAUGUACAGGAAAAGGCCAUUGAGGAGCAGAUGGUGGCAGUGAAGGAUGUGGUCAUGGAGCCCACGCUGAAGACCCUGAGUGAUGACCUGGAUGAAGCAGCAAAGGAGUUCCAGGAGAAGCACAAGAAGGAAGUGGGGAAGCUGAAGGACAUGGACCUCUCGCAGUACGUCAUCCGGGGAGAUGAUGAUGAGUGGAAUGAAGUUCUGAGCAAAGCCGGGCAGAAUGCCUCGGUCGUCAGCCUGAAAAGUGACAAGAAAAGGAAGUCAGACACCAAGCAAGAUCCCAAACAGAACAAGAAGUUGAAGAAAAACAGAGACAUGAAGAACAGAAAAGAUAUGAAACUGAAGCGGAAGAAAUAGUGAAGAGAAACUUGGGAACUGGUGGCUGCCCGUGAGGGGACACCCUGACUUCCCAGAUCGUCUCCGGCUGACCCAGGCAGCAGCCUAGACGGUCAGAAGCAUCGAGGGCCCCCAGCAAGUGCGGAAGCCGGCCCUGAGUGGUCUCUGGGCCCAGCCUGGCUGGAGCCAGUCACUCCCAGACGGCUCUGCUUACAACCUGAUGUCGGGCAGAGCUCUGGCACUUCGUUCAGACCCUCGUUUCCCAGGAGCUCUAGUGUACCUAGAGGUGUGGAGAUGCCCAGUGUGCACCCCAGGCUGUGCUGCUGCUACAUUACAUUCCUCCCUGGCUGCAGCGGGCCUCCUGCCCUCGGUGCCUAAGGGAAGCCCGAGCCCUUUUCUAAGUAGCAUCUGAGUCUGCAAAGCCCUGUCAUGCCAUCAGUUGGGAAAAACUUGCUAGCAGGAUGAAAGGGAUAGAGAAUCUAUUUUUAAUAAAUAACAUUCUAGAAGA